AUGCAUCGUUCAUUGUCAAUGAACAUUCAACACAGGUUUUUCAGCCAGCACAAACAAACCCGUGUGAAUCAGGUCUUGGCAAAACGUGUUAUUUUGGAGCCCUGUGACGUGUUCAUAAACCAUAGAAGCAUGGACACCAAAAGAACUGUGGCUACUCUUCUGUAUGAUCAUCUCUGCAGGCUAGGUUUUCACCCUUUCUUGGAUAACAAGAACAUGAAGCCAGGGGACAAACUGUUUGAUAAAAUCAACAGUGCAAUCCUGCAGUGCAAGGUUGGGUUGGCUGUCAUUUCACCACGUUACUGUGAGUCCUACUUUUGCCUUCAUGAGUUGGCCCUUCUCAUGGAGUGCAAGAAGAAGGUGAUACCCAUCUUCUGUGACAUUAAGCCAUCUCAGUUACGUGUCAUCAAGAACAAAAAAUGGACCCUUGAGAACCAUCAGCGUUUCAAAUUUGCUCUUGAUGAAGCAAAGAACACUGUGGGACUCACCUUCAACUCUUCAGAAGGGAACUUCUCCGAUAUUGUGACCAGUGCUUCUGAUAUCAUUAUCAAGAGCUUAAUAGAGCUUGAGGAUGAAGAGCAGAUGCAGCAUCCAGACUUGCCAGCUGCUCUUUAG